UGUUCCGCGGCUUGUACACGGCACGCUACGCUUUUAACGCUUCUCACCACGCGACAAAAAAAUCAUCUCGACAAAUCCCUGCGACAGUCAAUUACACGAUCAAGGUGGCGAUGUUUUGGAGACGAAUUUGAAAUAUUUUGAUUUCCCGUUUUCUACAGGAUGUCCCCGGAAACUCCGUCCAGUUCGGGAAGUGACACUUCGCGGCCGCCUUUGAAAACGGCCGAAGAGAGGCUUAUGGUGGCCGUUAGAAUAAGACCGCUGAAGGCGGACGAACCUGCUAGAUGUUUGUACGCCUUGAACAAGAAGCAUGUUAUCCUCGAAGACAACGAGAAGAGCAUCAGAAAUCAAGGCAGCAGAAGGAUAAACGACAAGCAGUAUUCUUUCGAUGUUGUAUUUGGUGAAGAGUCGACCCAAGAAGAAGUUUAUAACGUAACAACUAGUAGUUUGGUCAAAGAUAUAUUGAACGGGUACAAUGCCACUGUGUUCGCUUACGGAGCAACUGGUGCCGGGAAAACGCAUACUAUGGUUGGCAACCCUGACAAACCGGGUAUAAUGGUGCGAGCACUGAACGAUUUAUUCGAAGCAGUCAAAGAAAAAGAAGAUGAAUUUACGGUCACGAUGUCGUACUUGGAGCUGUACAACGAGCAGAUACGCGAUUUACUGAACCCUAGUUCAGGUUAUCUAGAGCUCAGGGAGGAUGCCAGAGGGAGGAAUAUACAGGUGGCCGGACUUUCAGAGAUUUCGACAAAUUCAACAGAUGAGGUUAUGACCCUUCUGCAGAAAGGCAACAGAGCCAGAACAGUAGAGCCAACCGCCAUGAAUAAAACCUCAUCCAGAAGUCACGCCCUACUCAGCGUCACUGUCCGCCAUGCCAUACCUAUCGACAAGACCGAUCAUCUCAGGAUGAAAGUGAAACAAGGCAGAUUGUUCAUGAUCGACUUGGCAGGAUCCGAAAGGGCAAACAAGACCAAAAAUCGGGGUAAAAGGCUGCAAGAAGGAGGCCACAUAAACAGAUCUCUGCUGGCCUUGGGAAACUGCAUAAACGCUCUGAGCGGCGGCGCUAGAUAUGUCAAUUAUAGGGACUCCAAACUGACCAGACUGCUGAAGGAUGCCCUGAGUGGAAAUUGCAAGACAGUAAUGAUAGCUCACGUCUCACCAAGCUACACUCAGAGGGACGAAUCUAAAAACACCCUUGUUUACGCUGAUAGAGCCAAUAACAUUUCGACCAAAGCUGAAAUAAACACUCUGGAUGUUUCUUACCACGUUUCCCAAUACCAAGACGUCAUCAGCGAACUCAGAAACGAAAUCGGAAGGCUUCAGCAAAAGAUGAAAGAGGACAGACCAAGAUCGGCCGAUAUAAACAGGAUGAACGCAGAAGAAAGAAGCAGGGAAGUCAGAAACUUGAGAGAACAAAUCGUGGAUACCUUCAAGAACCAAAUGAAGCUCAGAAGGAAGCUCAUGGAGAUCGACUCCCAUCUUUUGGGUCUUGGGAUGGAAGUUGAGAGACAACAUCUGAUAAUCGCCCAUUGGGAAUCGAGAAACAACAAACUCUACAAGAAUAGCCUCAACGAAUCCAGGGCUAGGACGCAGCAGAGCUUGAGACGACGUUAUCUAAGCACAUCUGAUGGCUUCAGAUCUGCUGGAAAUGACGAUGCUAGGGACGAGGUGGACGAGGAUGCCGAAGGUGAAGUUGCCAUUCAGCAAGCAUGGAGGGAACUUGCUGAUAUUGAAAGGGAACAAGAGAGAUGGUCGGAAUUGAAGACGCAUAUUGAUCAAAAAUUAGAAGCUUGCAGGCAGAGGGGCGUUGCUUUGGAAGAUAAAUUACCUUCUUUGCUGUCAUCUGACGACGAAAGGGAAAUCCUGGCUCUAAUGUGUCGAGUUCAUGAACUGGAAGCAGAUAAAAUGGCCCUCCAAUCAGAAAGACUCAUCAGACAACAUGAAUUACGCAGACGCGACUUGACGAUACUAAGAUAUGACCGUCAGAGACAGCUCUCUGAGGAAAUAAUAACUCGGCAAAGGAAACUCAUAGAAGAAGGAAGGCUGAAACUCCCACCAGACCUCCAGGAGUUGUACCAUCUGUAUCAGCAGGAAAUCCACGCAGCCAGCUACGCAGACUCAGCCUCGUCCAGGGACGGCGAGAAACUCCCUCCCAUCAGUAAAAUCUACUCGGAACCAUUCCUCAAACCGCCGCUGGAAAGUAGUGAUGGUAGCGGACCAUCUCCACCUUCUAGUGCGGAUUCAGGGGAAGCUGGUCUGCCAACAGUACGCGACAACAGCAUCGACAGGGUGAUGGGUCAAAUGAUAAACAGGCCGCACCAAUUUAUGAAAUUACCGCCACUUCCGCCGUCUCCGCCAAUCAGGAAGGGCCACGAUGAUGACGCUGGCGCCUCUAGCGGGUCAUAAUCGAACCUUGUAGAUUUUUCGAAAAUUCGGUUGAGAUUUGAAAGGUGGUUGUGAUACGGGUGCGUUUUAUGAGUAAACACCAGUGGUACUAGUGCCUGUUUACUUUUUAUCGCGUUUGGGUUGAAAUUUCGUGAGUUCUCAGCUUAUCUGUAACAUUUGUUUGUAUUUUUUACAAUUGUUACAAAUAAGAUGAAAUUUUGGUCAGUCUAAGAACCCUCGGUUGAGGUUAUAUCAAUCAUAACUUCGUUCGUUUAAUAGAGUCAAUCUCAAAUUGCUCAGGGCCUUAUCAAGACUGAAUCCGGCCCUGGGUAUGAAGCACUUAAUGUUGCGGAUAAAAUCAACAACUCAAUACACACUUGGCAAUACAAUUCGCCUACAAACCAUACAAAAUAUCCGUUAAAUUACAAAUAUUUUGUUUAUACAUAACUACUGAAAUUUCAAUCGAUGUAAUUUCAUGAAAAAAAUUGAGAACUGAUUUUGGAGCUGAGCUGCUGAGCACAGGAAUCGUGGCCAUCUCUUAUCAUGACAGCUGGAGUUUGAAAAUAUGAUUUUCGAUUGAUACAGUUUGAAUGAAAGGAAUUUCAACAAUAAUUUUCCUGGAUUGUAUAAAUUGUAUAUAUGAAAGGUUCAACAUCAUUAUGUACCUUUUAAUACAGUAAUCCUCAGGUGUUCAUGGGACGUUCUGUAUGUGGAUCUUCAAUAUUUUCGAUGAAAAUGAUCUAUUCGAGUUUAAAUAAAAAGUUAUUUCUUGUUUAUGA